AAACAACGUUGAAAAAUGAGUGAUCUCAGGUCAAAGUUCAUGGGGGUUUAUGAACAACUUAAAGGCGAUAUCUUAAAGGAUUUGGAUAUCAAUUUAACUAAUGGCGCUUGUGAUUGGGUAGCAAAGAUGUUGGACCACAAUCUACUUGGAGGAAAGCUGAACCGCGGGCUCUCUGCUAUUGAUAGCUACAGUUUGUUGAAAGAAGGUAAACAACUAACCAGUGAGGAGAUCAUUCAAAUAUCCUCCCUUGGCUGGUGCAUUGAAUGGCUUCAAGGAUACUUCCUUGUUCAUGAUGAUAUAAUGGAUGGCUCUUCUAAACGCCGAGGUCAACCAUGCUGGUUCAGAUUAUCCGAGGUUGGCAUGAUUGCUGUUAAUGAUGGCAUACUUCUUCGCAACCAUAUUGCUGUUAUUCUUAAACAGCACUUUAGAGGAAAGCCUUAUUAUGUUGAUCUUCUUGAAUUGUUUAAUGAGGUGGAAUACCAGACUGCCUCUGGACAAAUGAUAGAUUUGAUUACCACACAAGAGAAAGAUUUAUCGAAGUACUCAUUGCCUAUUCAUAGGCGGAUUGUCCAGUAUAAAACUGCUUAUUAUUCAUUUUAUCUCCCAGUGGCAUGUGCACUUCUUAUGGCCGGAGAGAAUCUUGACAAUCAUGCUAAUGCCAAGGACAUACUCGUCAAAAUGGGAAUAUAUUUCCAAGUUCAGGAUGAUUACCUGGACUGCUUUGCUGAUCCACAGGUGUUGGGUAAGAAUGGCACGGAUAUUAAAGAUUUCAAGUGCUCUUGGUUGGUUGUGAAAGCCCUAGAACACUGCAACGAGGAGCAAAGGAAGUUAUUGGAUGAGAACUAUGGAAAAGAUGAUGAAGCUUGUGUUGCUAAAAUUAAGGCGCUCUAUAAGGAUCUCAAACUUGAGGAUGUGUACCAGGAAUAUGAGAAUAAUACAUAUGAAGAGCUGAAAAACUCCAUUGAAGAUCAAGAAACCAAAUUAAGCAAAGCAAUGCAAGCAGUUCUCAAGUCAUUCUUGGCAAAGAUAUAUAAGAGGAAGAAGUAGGAGACAAAAUUAUUGAACUACAACAUUUAAUGUUUUAGAAUUAUUUGUGCUUCUGGUUUGUUUUUUUCACCGGUGUUCGGUAUCUGCUUGGGGCCCGACUAUUCCAUAUUUGUGUCCAGAGGCGGACUCAGGAAUUGAAAGUGUCGGAGACACCUCUAUCUUUAAUAGAUACAUUCCAUUUCUUUUCUUUAUAGUACCUAGACAUUUUCUUGGAGGCAUGGCUUCAUCAAGAAGAAUGGUGUGGUUUUUCCUACUGGAUUAUUAGGAAAAUAUCAUACAGUUUGAGGAUUCAAAACUUGAUUGAUUGAGCUGUUUCAAGUGCAUUUUAAUGUAGUUUCUUUAUACUGAAA